GUGAGGCGGACAGGCUCAUUCGGGAGAUUCAGUAGAGUGGACAGAGCUUUUUUGAAGAAACAGCUUAAGAGGUGUAAGGAAAAUUGUCAGGAGGUGUUGGGAAGCUGCAGUUGAGGAUCAAUAUAAAGCCAACAGGUGGAGUGUUAUUCUCACCUAACCGACGUGGAGACUGGACCAGAUUUAAGUCUAAACUCAGACAUCCUUGCUUUUGUCAGUUUUUAUAUCAUUCAACGGAAAGAUCAAUCUAAGUGGAGGUUUUGAAGCCCACAAAAUACUUUUAAAACCCAAGGAGUUGUUACUAGUAGAGAAGGUUGAAACAUCAGUGUCAGAAUGUGUUCAGGCGGCUUUGCCAAGUGUCUGGGGAUCAGUCUGAUGCCUCUGGCGAUUGUGUCUGUGCUGUGUAACAUCCUGCUGUUCUUCCCCGGGGGACAGUCCGUAGACAGCGAACACAUCACAGAGCAAGUCUGGUACUUUGGAGGCAUCCUGGGAUCUGGAGUGCUGAUGAUCUUCCCAGCUCUGGUCUUCCUUGGUCUGAAGAACAAUGACUGCUGCGGUUGCUGUGGCAACGAAAGCUGUGGGCGGAGAUUUGCGAUGCUGAGUUCCAUAAUUUUUGCAGCUGUGGGGGUUCUGGGGGCCGGUUACUCAGUUAUAGUUUCUGCUGUAGGCAUAAACCACGGACCUGAGUGUGUGACUGCUCUUAACGGCACAGAAAAGUUGUGGACCACUCCCUUCUCAAAUGGUGACUACCUGUCCAACAAAUCUCUCUGGACAGUUUGUAAAGAGCCCACUAACAUUGUGUCCUGGCAUCUCGGUCUGUUCUCUACGCUGCUGGUCAUUGGUUUAAUCCAGAUGGCACUGUGUGCUGUGCAGGUGGUGAACGGCCUGCUGGGAGCUCUGUGUGGGGACUGCUGUGGCUGCUGUGGAGGGAGCAAUGAAGCCUCCUGAGCACUUCCUGCGAGAGUCUGAAGAUUGGCUGUUCCCUGUAUUUCUUCUGAGGAUGACAGUUGCUUCUUUGCUUCAUGCCUUUGCGAUACGAGCUCAUUGAUUACAUUGUGUAAUAACAAUGGUGAAAUGACAGAGCUCCAAUUUUAAGGGUUUCCCAUUUACUCUCUAGCAAACACUUACACAAUAUAUAACUUAUAUAACUAAAUAUAUAACUCGAUAUUCUCAUUAAUAAAUCGAAAUGUGUCUCUGCAGCCAUUUUUUGGCUCUAUUUCCAACACUAACUACUGUAGUUAAUUAUUUUCCUCCUGCUAUAUUUUUGUAUCUGUUUUUUUUCCACUUACCAGAGGUAGUGAGUAAAUAUCCUAUUUUUUAUAUAUGUAUAAAAAGCAGAUGGGUUGCUUUAAAUAUUGUUUUUGUUCUUAUCCAGUGAGACUUAAAUAAACAAACCUGUUCAUAUAAGAUAUUUCUGUUGCAUGACUGCCCCCUGUUGGGCAUUUUGGUGUUGUAAUCAUGAGCCUGAUGAGUGUACACCAUCAAUACAAUUUAUAUCUUAAAUCUUGUUAUCAAUGGUCAUAUGAUAUUCUUUUGCCAAAUUACUCACUGUAGUAAUUGUCACUGAGCUUUUUUAAAACUUUUAAACACACUUUCAGAACAUAGACCUUAACUUGUCUGAUGUGUUAUUACAGUAUAUCUUUCUACAAGUCUGUGAAUUACUGAUAUAUAUAUAUAUAUACU